AUACAGCAAUUACCAUUAGGCAUAUUUGAAAAUGAACAUUUAUAGGUUUAACGGGAAAAAAGGAAGGACUUAUUUUACAGUGCGUGUGUGAGCGCGCGCGUGUGUGAAAGCGUGUGUUCGCACGCACGCAGAAAACGGACACUGAUGGAGACAGAAAACGAGAGAGAAAAAGGCGAGAGAGUGAUAGAGAGAGAACGAGCGAGAUAGAGAGAUACAACAUCAGUCCCGGCACAAGGCAAGGCGAGGCCGCGUUUAACAGAAAUCGCUGCCAUUGAGAAAACCCAGCGCGUUGUCCACGACUGCCCAUCCAGGGAGGAAAGAAAGGGCACGAGGGAGCCGAUAACAGAGCAUAAACGUCGGGAAGGAGGGAUUGGGGGACCGGAGGAGAGGAGAGGCGGGAAGGAGGGAUGAAGGAGGAGACGCAGUGAACGAGAGAGGAGGAGGAGGGAGAAUCGACGGUCACGGCUCUCCUGAGGCGUCUGGUGGUGUUGCGUCCUAACUCUUCCCCCCAGCAUGGCCCUGUCACUGUGGUUCCUGUGUGUGUAUGCCAUCACCCUGGCUCACGUCGCCCCCUCUGGCCAAGCUAUGUCCAGAGCUGCGAUGCCUUUCGGCCUGCUGAGGAGAGAGCUAGCUUGUGAGGGCUAUCCCAUCGAGCUGCGCUGUCCAGGAAGUGACGUCAUAAUGAUCGAGACGGCGAACUACGGACGCACCGACGACAAGAUCUGCGACGCCGACCAGUUCCAGAUGGAAAACACACAGUGUUACCUACCUGACGCGCUCAAGAUCAUGUCUCAAAGAUGUAACAACAGGACUCAGUGUGUGGUGGUGGCCGGUGUCGAUGUGUUCCCAGACCCUUGUCCUGGAACCUACAAAUAUCUGGAGACACAAUACGAGUGUGUUCCCUAUAAAGUGGACCAAAAAGUCUUUGUUUGUCCCGGUUCUAUCCUGAGCGUUCUGCCAGCCACUUCCUUGCUGGAGGCGGAGCACCAGUCGGGGGCGUGGUGCAAGGACCCCUUGCAGGCGGCUGAUAGGCUGUACGUGAUGCCAUGGACACCCUAUAGGACGGAGGUUCUGUAUGAGUACGCCUCCUGGGAUGACUACAGACAAAACCGAGUCACCACCACUUACAAGCUUCCGAGCCGAGUCGACGGCACGGGCUUCGUGGUCUAUGACGGCGCCGUGUUUUACAACAAGGAGCGCACGCGCAACCUGGUCAAGUACGACCUCCGUACGCGCAUUAAGAGUGGCGAGGCGGUGGUGUCAAACGCCAACUACCAUGACACCUCGCCCUACCGCUGGGGUGGGAAGAGCGACAUCGACCUCGCCGUGGACGAGAACGGACUCUGGGUCAUCUACUCCACGGAGGCCAACAACGGACGCAUCGUUGUCAGCCAGGUGAACCCCUACACGCUGCGCUUUGAGGGCACGUGGGCGACCAGCUUCGACAAGCGCGGCGCCAGCAAUGCCUUCAUGGUGUGCGGCGUGCUCUACGCGGUGCGCUCCGUCUUCCAGGACGACGAGGGCCAGACGGACCGAGCGGGGGGCGGGGCGGGAGGCGGGGACAUGGUGCUGUACGCGUUUGACACCAGCAGGGGGCGCGAGGUGCCGGUCCAGAUCCCGUUCCCGAACCCCUACCAGUACGUGUCAUCCAUUGACUACAACCCCCGGGACAACCAGCUGUACGUGUGGAAUAACUACUACGUGUUGAGAUACCCGCUGCAGUUCAGGCCGCCAGAGCCCACCAAAGGUCCUCUCUCAUCCCUGAUGACCACGGUUAGGUCCUACACAGCCACUGUAGCGCUGACCCCAGUUCGACCUUCGGCCUCUAAUCCCAUCGGGGUCAUCAACAGGAGUCCUGACCAGAGGCCAAUAACAGCCGUCGUCCCGCUUACCCCCCGCCCCCCACACCGCACCCCCAUCGCCCCUGGGGGCGCCCAGGGGGGGCCCGGUGGGGUGUGUGAGGGGAGGGUAGCGAGGGGGGUACAGUGGCCCCCCACCCUUAAAGGGGAGACCGUGGAGAGACCCUGUCCCAAGGGAUCCAUGGGUAUAGCGUCGUACCAGUGUGUGUUGUCCCCGGUAACAUGGAACUCUAGAGGGCCGGACCUCAGUAACUGUACCUCCCCCUGGGUCAGCCAGAUAGCACAGAAGAUAAAGAGUGGGGAGAAUGCAGCCAACAUCGCCGGUGAGCUGGUGAACCUGACGAGGGGGCGGGUCUACGCCGGUGAUGUCAGCAUGUCAGUCAAACUCCUGGAGCAGUUAUUGGACAUCCUGGACUCCCAGCUACAGGCCCUGCGUCCCGCCAACAAGGAGUCCGCCGCGCGGAACUACAACAAGUUGCAGAAGAGGGAACGCACUUGCAGAGCGUAUGUCCAGGCAGUGGUACAGGUAGUUGAUAACCUGUUGGGUCCUGAAGCUCUCGUCUCCUGGGCUGAUAUGAGCACCACUGACCAAUCACGCUCAGCCUCGUUGCUAUUGGACGCCAUGGAGAAAGGGGCCUUCCUAUUGGCCAACAACCUUUAUGAGGGGCGUUUCAGCGACAGAGCUCCCAAUGUUGAUUUGGAGGUGUAUGUGUUGAACACAGAGGCGGUUCUGCAGGAUGUGACGUUCCCUCAUUCUUAUGACAGUGACAGUGUUCUCCAGCUCACCACUGCUGCCCUCCUACAGUACAGCAGUAAUGGCCAGGUAAAGAUGGUUCUGACUCUGUAUAAGAACCUGGGGUCCUUCCUGACCACUCACAACUCCUCGCUGAGGUUGGAUGCCGGGCUAACGAGCGGCGGGGGGCGGAGCUUGGCGGUCAACUCUCACGUGAUCUCGGCCUCUGUCAACACCGGUUCCAGUCGAGUGUUUCUUUCUGAACCUGUGGUGUUCACCCUGCGACACCUGCAGCUUGAGAACCACUUCAGCCCCAACUGUUCCUUCUGGAACGCUACGGGGGCGGGGUCGGGGGCGGGGUCGGGGGCGGCGGUCGGCCAUUGGUCCUCCCAGGGGUGCCGGCUGAUACAAACGAAUCACACACACACCACAUGCGCCUGCAACCACCUGUCGGCCUACGCUGUCCUGAUGACCUACCAGCUACCUCAUUCUGCGGGUGGCAUGGAGGAGGUGCUGGUCUACCUGGUGUUCUGGGUGGGAAUUGCGGUUGCCUUGUUGUGCCUGGCAGGGUGCAUUACCUUGCUGUGCUGCCAGGGGGCGACGCACUCCCACCACAGCGCCAUCCACCGGAACCUGUGGACCAGCCUCUUCGUCACCGAGCUCCUCUUCCUCGUCGGCGUGGACAAGACUCAGUACACAGUGGUGUGUCCGAUCUUCGCAGGCCUGCUCCACUUCUCGCUGCUCUCCGUGUUCUGCUGGUUAUGCCUGGAGGCGGUGGAACUCUACCUCCUGCAGGGGGAGGUGUUUGAGGGUCGGAACUCCAGGAGGAAGUACCUUUAUCUGUGCGGCUACUUCCUGCCGGGAGUCGUGGUAGCCGUGUCUGCCGCUGUUGACUACAGAGGUUACAGCUCGCAAACUGCGUGCUGGCUGCGGAUGGACAACUACUUCAUCUGGAGUUUCCUUGGUCCCGUAUCUGGCAUUAUUCUGAUAAACCUGGUUGUCUUGGUGAUGACCCUUCACAAGAUGGUACACAGCUCCUCCGCCCUCAAACCCGACUCCAGUCGCCAGGACAACCUCAGAGCAUGGACAGUGGGUUCUCUCACUCUCCUCUUCCUCCUGGUGAUCACCUGGUCCCUGGGGCUUGUCUUCCUCACCUCUCCCUCGCUCCUCCUCUCCUACCUCUUCUCCUCCCUCAACACGGCCCAGGCCCUACUCAUCACCAUCCUGCACUGUACCCUGACCAGGAAGGGCCGUAAGGACUACGGUAAAUGCAUGCGUCACUCCCAGUGCUGUGGUUGUUCAUCUGCCACCAGCUCACCAGGCUCAGUGAAGGGCGCCGCCCUGCGGGCCAACAACCGCUACUGCAGCAACAACCAGGCACGCAGGGCUACGGCUAACAGACAGAGUCGCAUCAGGAGAAUGUGGAACGACACAGUACGUCGCCAGACAGAGUCCUCCUUCAUAGCUGCCGAUGUUAAUAACACCCCCCCGCUCAACAGAGCUGGUCUGGGGAAUCAUUUCCUGACUAACCCGGUGUUGCAGACCCACCCUGGAGUGUCUCCUUAUAACACUCUGCUGGCCCAGGGUUACAGCCAGCCCUCCCCGAGCCUGUUCACCUCAACUGGGACCUUCCGAGACAUACAGAAGGGCGCCGUCCUGUCAAAGAGCCAGGAUAUGGAUGGCGUGUGUCUGAACGGAGGCUACAGCGCGAACAGCUUCACCCUGCAGGGUCUGGGCGGGGCCGGGCUGCGGUCCGGAGUUGGGGGCAGCACAGACCUGCUCCGGGAGGGAGGGGGAGGGGGGGAGAUAGUUUCCCCCGCGCUGCUCACCCCCCAUGCAGGGCUUGGACCGGCGGGGGAGACCCACGGUGGCGAUAUGCGGAGGAACGCGUCGGACGCGGCGGUUCUGGAGAACAUGAUCAUCUCGGAGCUGGUGCAGAGCAACCUGAGGCCUGCGGCCGGGGCCCCGGAGCGCUAUGGGAGCCUGGCCCGGCCCCUGGACCGCCAGGCACUCCUCCACGGAACACUGACACGCCCACAGGGCCCGGACGGCUGGACCGUGGCCCGGGUGGCGACACAUGCGCCGGAGCCGACGCAGGGAAACGCGCAGGCGCGCGGCCCGGACAGCUGGGCUCACACGGCGCCGGAGCCGACGCAGGCACACCCACGACCAGAAGAGACCGCCAACCGGGCCCAGCUGCAGCUGCAGCCAGGGGGCGGAACCCUCUCUCGUAGGCUCCUCCUUCAGGAGCAACAGACGCACCCCCAUUCGACACUGGGCCGCCCUCAGCACGGCAGCACGUUGUCACGGCAACAGCAGGGCGGGGGCGGGACACUGUCACGUCACCGGGGCGGUGGAGGUGCGGCUGAUGCAGAGCGGGCCGGGGAACGGGAGAGGGACCGGUACCGGGACAGGCCUCUACCUCCUCCUCCUCCGCCUCCCCCUCUGGAGACGGAGCCACUGUAUAAAGCUCUGGAGGCGCCGCUAUUGUAUGACCCCCGGGACGGCGGGAGGGAGGGCUGGAAAGAGAGAGGAGUGGAGAGAGGAGUGGAGGGGUGGAAAGAGAGGGGAGUAGAG